CCGUGUGCGCCUGCCUCCCCGUAGUCCCACUCCCAUCUCUUCUCCUGCGCCAACAACAGCAGGCAGCCUACUUCCUUGUCGGCGGUCGCCGGGGGCAGCGAGCGAAUCGUUGGGUAGAGGAGGAGGGAAAGGCCGGGGGCGGCGCUGGGCGCCCACCGCAGGUGCAUGGUGGAAGCCGCCGCGGGACGCCGGUCGGGUACCAGCCCUCGGCGGCCUAGCGGCGGAGGGGAGCAGCAGCUGCCCCUUGUCGCCGUCGCGCUCGCCACGCGCGUCGUCAUGGUCACGUCCGCUCCGCCCGCGGGGGGCGGUGUGGGAGGAGGUGGAGCGGCCGCUGGUGGCCGGUGUCUCGAUGACCUUCUCGGCUGCCUGCUCGGCGUGCUCCGCGUGCUUGGCUUCCCGUGGGCCGCGUCCCCUCAGAGGCAGCCGCGCCCAGUGCCGCCACGCGGGGCCAUCCCGUCGACAGCGGACGGCCGGCGCUUCGCGGCGGAGCUGAGGCGGAUCCCCGGCCGGAUUGCUGGCAAUGGCGCCUGCGCUGUUGCGUCGCUUUACACGAUGCAGGGCAAGAAGGGCGUCAACCAGGACGCGAUGAUCGUUUGGGAGAACUUCUGUUCAAGAGAUGACACCAUUUUUUGCGGUGUGUUUGAUGGUCAUGGACCUUACGGUCAUUUGGUUGCUAAGAGAGUGAGAGAUCUCCUACCCGUAAAGCUUGGUGCGGAUAUGGGGACAGAUAAGGGUAGAGAGGCACCCGCUAGCAACAUGGAAGGCAACACAAAUGAAGUAGGUUUGCCCGUAAACCCAGAGAGAAAAGAAACCACCACUUCUGUUGGAGCUGAGCAGGAUAGGGAAUACCCAGAGAUAUUCACAACAUUCAGAACUUCAUUCUUGCGGGCUUUUCACAUAAUGGACAGGGAUCUGAAGUUACACAAGAAUAUCGAUUGCUUUUUCAGUGGAACUACAGCAGUGGCAGUGCUCAAACAGGGUCAUAAUCUUAUAAUAGGCAACUUGGGAGACUCAAGAGCUAUCUUAGGCACUAGAAAUGAAGAUGGUCAGCUCAUUGCUGUCCAGUUGACAGUUGAUCUCAAACCUAACAUUCCAAGUGAAGCACAACGGAUCAGGCAACGCAGGGGCAGAAUAUUUGCACUUCCUGAGGAGCCAGAGGUUGCUCGUGUUUGGCUGCCAAAGUAUAACUCACCUGGAUUGGCCAUGGCAAGGGCAUUUGGAGACUUCUGUCUUAAGGAGUAUGGUCUAAUUUCUAUGCCUGAAGUCUCCUGUCACCGUGUCACAGAGAAGGAUGAAUUUAUCGUGUUGGCGACUGAUGGGGUGUGGGAUGUGCUGUCAAACACUGAAGUUGUUAGCAUCAUAAGCAGAGCUACUUCUCGGGCUUCUGCAGCACGCUUCCUGGUUGAAUCAGCUAAUCGUGCCUGGCGUACUAGGUACCCUACUUCUAAAAUUGAUGACUGUGCUGUUGUUUGUCUCUUCCUGAAUACACAUGAAGCAGAUCAACCAUCUAGUUCUGCAGCCAACAAUUUAGCAAAUGCUCUAGAAGUUAGUGGUGAUAAGCACUCGACAGUUGUCCAACUGAGCACUGGAGUAUCUGCCGAUGUGGUUAAUGCACUUGUGAAAGAUACAAAUGAGCUAUCUCUUGUUGAUGCUGUUGCGAAGCCAGUUACUGUCUCAGAUUUGACAAAGGAUGGUUCAGGCACAAAGCAAAGCAUCAUUUGAGCUUGUGUGUUGCAUGAGAUUGAACAUUUGUUGGGCGAUUUGUGCUGUGUUGACAGUGCGCUCCCAUUCUCCCAUUCAGAAUUCUGAGCCUGAUGCCUAUUUUUAUGAGCGCGUUGAAAUUCACUGCUUGCUAUUUUCUACAUGCAAGUCCGAGUAGGGUCUUGAGUUUUCGUCAUUUGUGAAGUACCACUUCGGUUUUGGUGUGACCUGCCAUAUUUCUUUGUAAUAAUUUUGUUCUUAAUGUUUGUUUAGUCUCGUAACAAUAAUAGUAUCCCUAUAGGAAGAAGCCUUCCGUGUUUUCACAGUUCUGUAAUAUUCAUUCGAUUGCCGUCCAUUACAGUGGCUGUUAUGCAUUUCAACUUUUGGUCCUCUGUA